UGAUUGUUUUUGGGCUGUUGCCGAAACUUUACAAGGCCGUCAGUACGUAUAGCAACCACUUGAAAACACUGGCCAAGUGGCAAAAGAAAUGGCAGACAGGAGAAAGAGCAGCGGGCCACAUUCGGCUGAAAUAGCGGUCGUAAGAGAAAUCUAUGACGGUGAAAACGCCCAGGAAAGAUUUGAGCUAGAACUAGAACGAGCUCUGGAAGCUGCUGUUCCAGUAAUUGUCAUUGAGCCAGUUCGACUAGGCGAUGAAACGGCGCGAUGGAUCGCCGUUGGAAAUUGUCUUCACAAGACAGCAGUACUUGCUGGACUUGGUUCGGUCAUAACAGGAUUCUUCUGUGAUAAUCGUCCAUUCAUAUACACUCCAUUAGGUCUCCUUUCCUUGCUGUGUACAGGACUGUACACAGCAUCUUGGCAAUUUGAUCCUUGCUGUAAAUACCAGGUUGAAAUGGAUACAAAAAGACUGGCCAAAUUACCAGUCAAUAGGUUGGCCACUUCCAGUCCCAUAGUUCUCGUAAGAAGAGAUGAUAACAAACGGAAGACUCUUCAUUGCACCAUCUGUGUUACAGCAGCUAGCAUUACCCUUUGGAAGCUGUACUUUAUUGCCUUCAAGUAGUCUUGUUAUAAAGAAAACUUCCCAAAUGUACAAACUGAACAAUACAUCCUUAUUAUAUCAGAA